AUGUCUACGACAAAAUUUGUUGUAACUACUCAAGAAGAAUUUAAAACCAAAGGAUCAGCAAAGCGAAAUUCUAAUGAAAAAUCAAUUAGCCAAAAUGAAAUUUUAAACCUUUUAGAACAUUUCGUUAGCGUGAUAAAUUACAUCUAUGAAAGAGUUCAAGUCAUCGAGGCGACCAUCAGUAAAAACUCUGAAACUAAUUCGAACGAACAAUACACUCUCAAUCAAAUUCACCCUGAUGGAUAUCUCGAAUAUUCCGAAAACAAUAUCGCCAGCAUGUUAUUUGAACUCAAUCAAAGAAUUCAAAAUAUUGAAAGAGCUCAAAAUAUUGAGGAAGUUCAGGAUGAAGAACCUUAA